AUGAUCCAGCAUCAGCUGAGACAGCUCCUGCCAGAGAGGGAGGUGGAUCCUUCUGCUGCCCUCGCCCUGCUCUGUGGCUCCGCAGCAGCCUUGGUGGUCUGGAAAUGGCUGGGCAAAAGGCAGGUCCAGAAGAAAAUGGAAGAGGCUCGGAUGACCCGGGAUGAGGGUGUGAAGAAAAUGGCAAAGGCUGUCCAGCAGUUCAGGGAGCAGGUCCCCCAUGUCCAGACGGAUGCUAUCCUGUCCCUGCCCCUGCUGGAACUCACUGGGAGACUGCAGGAAGGGUCUCUGUCCCCUGAGACUGUCCUCUACACUUACUUAGAGAAGGCCCUGGAAGUGACCCAGCGGACAAACUGCUUACGACAUUUUAUCCCAGAGUGUGAGGAGCAGCUCCAGGAAAUACAGCGGCAGAAGGAGAAAGGGCUGCUCUAUGGCAUCCCCGUCAGCAUCAAGGACCACAUCGGACACAAGGGGCAUCUGUCAACCUGUGGGCUUGUGCAGUGCCUGGGCCCUCCGGUGGAGGAGGACAGCGUCCUAGUCAAGGUUUUGAAGAGACAGGGGGCCAUCCCAUUUGCAAUGACCAAUGUGCCGCAAUCCCUCUUCAACUACGACUGCAGCAAUCCCAUCUUCGGCCAGACCCUGCACCCCCUCAACCACCAGAAGAGCCCUGGGGGCUCCUCAGGAGGGGAGGGAGCUCUGAUUGCAGGAGGAGGCUCCAUCCUGGGCAUC